AUGGCCGUACUGUCUGCUUCUGCUUACCUCGCGCGCUGGCGCUUCGUGGACGCUUCCGCCUCCUGCCUGUGCCAUUUCCUCAUGAACCAUGCCGCCCCGUCCUCGACCUUGUUGUACCACACCUCCGGGUCCUUGGCGCUCUCUUUCCAUUUACCCCCUUCCUUUUCGUCUCCCAUGUCGAAGGCCACGAGGUCCUUUCCUAGACGAGACACCCAGUCGCUCUCCUGUCCGCCCCGGUAUCCCACGCCCCCCGCCAUCGCUCCUAUCAGCAUGCGCUUGGGGAGGCAGCUGUCCUCCAUGCGCAUAACAAAGCCCGCGAAACACAGUCUCCGUUUGCGCACGGUGGCCUCGAUGGUUUCCUCGCAGCCUGCCUGGAUGAGGGCCUGGGCAAGGACAGGGCGUGGCUGCGAGGAAACCAUCGAGGCCACCGUGCGCAAACGGAGACUGUGUUUCGCGGGCUUUGUUAUGCGCAUGGAGGACAGCCGCCUCCCCAAGCGCAUGCUGUUAGGAGCGAUGGCGGGGGGCGUGGGAUACCGGGGCGGGCAGGAGAGCGACUGGGUGUCUCGUCUAGGAGAGGACCUCGUGGCCUUCAACAUGGGAGACGAAAAGGAAGGGGGUAAAUGGAAAGAGAGCGCCAAGGGCCCGGAGGUGUGGUACAACAAGGUCGAGGACGGGGCGGCAUGGUUCAUGAGGAAAUGGCACAGGCAGGAGGCGGAAGCGUCCGCGAAGCGCCAGCGCGCGAGGGAAGCAGAAGCAGAGAGUACGGCCAUCUCAGGACCGAAGAGAAAGAGAGCCGGGGAAGCGGCGGUGGGGGGGAAGAAACGGCAACCGGGCACUACUGCUGCUGUAGAGGCGAGUAGGGCGGCCGAGGCAGCACUUGCGGCGAACUAG